AUGAACGAUCCUUCUCCUGAUCUAAUAAAAGAUGCAAAUAUUCAUCAUAAGUUAAAUCAAAGUCACCUUUCUUAUAGAGAACUUUUUCAUCGUCUUGAUAAAAGUCAAGAGGGCCAAAUUGAAGUUGAUGAACUUAUUGAAUUCUUGGACAAAGCUGGUUUUGAAACUUCAUCAAAAAAUCGUUGGGCUAUUGCACGCCGUAUUAUUGAUCAAGCUGGCGGAUCACCAACUACAUCAUCUAUUUCAUUUAAACAAUUUGCAUAUUACGUUUUACAACAAGAAAAAAAACUUUGUCUCGUUUUUAGAAAAUUAGAUGCUAGCCAUCAGGGUAAAUUUGAUGCCACAGAUCUAGUAUAUUAUUUUCGAAAACUUGGCAUUGUACUUGAAUUAGAAGAAGCAGAAAAAUUAGUUAAAAAAAUGGAUCAGAAUAAUUCUUUAGAAAUUUCGUAUGAUGAAUGGCGUUCUUUUUUUAUGUUUCAUCCUGCAAUACUUGAAACUAUUACUGGCGAUCCAAAUGAAAUGUUAAGAUAUUGGCGUGGAGCCACACAUCUCGACUUAGGUGAAUCGCCUUAUGCUGCGCCAGAAGAUUUAGAAACUGAAACAAACCAUUGGUGGAAACAUCUAAUAGCUGGUGGUUGUGCGGGUGCUGUCUCACGAACAUUUACGGCUCCUUUUGAUCGAUUAAAAAUUAUUAUGCAGUAUUUGGGUUCAAGGCAACGCAUGUCUGUGAUAAAUGGAUAUCGGUAUUUAAUCAAAGAAGGUGGCUUUCGAAGUCUAUGGCGUGGAAAUGGAAUGAAUGUUCUGAAAAUCAUACCGGAAACAGCUCUUCGAUUUGCCUUUUUCGAAGAAACAAAGAAACUUGUCAAGCGUAUUCAAGGUAAAGAUCUAAGCACUGAAACAACAAUUCUAGAAAGAUUUAUAUCGGGAGCUGUUGCUGGUUUUCUAUCUCAGACGGUUAUUUAUCCAUUGGAUGUCUUGAAAGUACGAUUAUGUUUAAGACGAACAGGUGAAUUCGAACAUUGGAUAGAUGCUGUCAAACGUAUAUACAGACUCGAAGGCCGAAAAGCGUUUUGGCGUGGCUAUAUGCUCAAUCAAAUUGGUAUAGUGCCUUAUGCUGGCUUUGAUUUAGCAUGUUAUGAAAGUCUUAAACGUCUCUAUGUAACCAAACAUAAUAAUUGCGAAGCACCAAUAUAUAUUGUGCUUAGCUGCGGUGCUAUUUCAUCUUUUACCGGUCAAAUGGUAACUUAUCCUAUAUCUCUAUUACGAAUUCGUCGUCAGGGACAAAUUGUACCAUUACCGCAAUUUGAUCAAAGUAAAGCUCAUCCAUUAUUACCAGUGCAAGCUAUGAUAAAAGGAAUUUGGCAUAACGAAGGACUUGUUGGUUUCUAUCGUGGUCUUAUACCUAAUAUGUUAAAAGUAGUUCCAGCUGUUUCCAUAUCGUAUUUAGUUUAUGAAACAAUUUUAAAAACGCUUUCAAAUGAAAAACAGUAA